AAUCAAUAAUAUUCUCAGCCAUUGCUACCAUUGAUCAUUGAAUUGAUAGUACAAAUAAAACCUACUAGCUAAGUUAACCCACCAUAACCCCAUCAUAAGCCCACCCGGAAAUGGACAAGGACACCUUACGCAAGCAGAUCGAGAAUAUGCGAUACCAGGCAUUGAUGGAGAGAUGGCCUCUCUCCAAAUCUAUUCAGGCAUUGCGUGAAUACAUAGAGGAGAACGAGACACAGGAUCCACUGAUCCACACGCCCGACAAGAAGAACAACCCGUGGGCUGAGAAGGGCAAGUGUCUGGUCAUAUUGCGUGAAUACAUAGAGGAGAACGAGACACAGGACCCACUGAUCCACACGCCCGACAAGAAGAACAACCCGUGGGCUGAGAAGGGCAAGUGUCUGGUCAUGUAGAGGUCGGGCACAGUGGCCGGGUAUGGCAUCCCGGGGCUCACCCACUCUGGCGCACACGCUCUUCGCAAUUAAUUUAUUAGUCAUUUUCUAUUCAAUUGUAUUAAUACUUAACUUUCAUAUCUAACUAUACAUGUAUUGCUAUUCUGUAUGUGUUUUUCGGUUCACUUCUACAGUAUUAUUAUUAUUAUUAUUAUAUGAUGUGCUCUAAUGUGUCAUUCAAUGUAUACAAUCAGUCAACUAAUUAACCGUAACAUUUGGUUUGCAUAUGAAAUGUACGCUUUUUAAUGAUACAAAUUAAAUGAUCAAUUCAGUCAA